AUGAAGGGCGCAGGGACCGGCCAAGUGACACAAAGAGCUACCCAGAGGAUGGGCGAAGGGAUGACCGCGGAUAUAUGGGCAGACAUGACCGUAGAGAUGACCCCAGAGAUGAACGCAGAUAUAACAGCAGAGAUCACCAUAGAGACGAUCGCAGAGAUGACCGCAGGGAUGACCGCAGGGACGAGCGCAGAGACGACCGCAGGGACGAUCGCAGAGACGACCGCAUGGAUGACCGCAGGGGUGCCCCGAGAGAUGAUCGCAGGGAUGGUCGCAUGUCUGAUCUCCGGGACGGCAGAGAUGGCAUGGAAGCUGGCAAAUCCCGCAGGGAUGACAAUGUCAAGCUUGGAGCCAAUCGCAAGGUGCAAACUGAUCGUCGAGACGUCAAGGAAGUUUACAGAGAUAGUCGUGCGCCAGAUAGUCGUGCACGAGGUGAUAGCCGGCCAAAGCGAGGCAGCCGAGAGCCGGAUCGCCAGCUUCGCGCCGUGCACGCUGCGCCUCGUGGAAGGCUUGAUAGCCGGCCACGCGGCUCCCUCGAUUCGCGCGCCGGAAGAGGGCGAGCGAGAUGAUCAAGGAGAUGCUCCCGGCGACUUCGCCGUGCUCGAGCUCGCGGUGUGA